GCCUGCGCAGAGCGCCUGACGAUGGCGGCCGCGCCUGGCGGGUUGCAGGAGGAGGCGCUGCGGCGGAGGGAGCGGCUCAAGGCGCUGCGGGAGCGCACCGGGACGACCAGGAAGAACGAGGACGACGCGGCGCCAGAGGCCAGGCUGCUGGAAAGCAACAGUCAGGAGGAGGGUGCUCCAAAACCUAAGGAGCUCAAGUUGCGGAAUUACACCCCGGAAGAUGAGGAGCUGAAGGAAUGCGUCGUGCCGAAAGCCAAGCCUGCUUCAGUGGAAGACAAAGUGAAGGACCAGCUGGAGGCGGCCAAGCCUGAGCUUGUCAUCGAAGAAGUGGAUCUGGCAAACCUCGCCCCCAGAAAGCCUGACUGGGACCUGAAGCGAGACGUAGCCAAGAAGCUGGAAAAACUGGAAAAGCGUACGCAGAGGGCGAUUGCUGAGCUGAUCCGAGAAAGGCUGAGAGGCCAGGAGGAGAACUUGGCUUCUGCCGUGGAUUCAGCAAAGCAGGAAGGCAGUGACUCGGACUGAGGCGGCUUCGGCGCGGAGCGGCUUGUUGCAGGAAAGAGAUUCCUUUGUUCCAGACUCUGGGAAGGAUCUCCCCCAGGAAUCCCAGAGCCUUCGUGUGGACCUAAGACCAUGGUGGGACCGAGCAGCCCGAACACCCCGGGUGCAGUUCAUGCUUGUUGCUGACCAAAACACAUUAUGCUUUCUCCAAACACAUGCUCCCCAAACCAGGGUCCUUGCUGGUGCCUUCCUGGGGAAGAAAGAGACGCACCAGAUCUUGAGUCUCUCGGCUGCACUGCCCCAACCUCCUGUUCUUCCUGGGCCGGGAGCAACCCAAGAGAGACCCUUGCAGCCCCAGAUGUCAAAUGGGAAGCUCAGGGAAGGCCAGCCUGGCGAGAUCACUUUGGAUCUAGGUUUGGGCCAGGCCUGCACUCCUCCUUGGUGGGACUUGCUCAGCUGCCUGGGGAUUGUGCUGGAUUUCUCGCCUUCUAAAGGAGCACGGAGCCAAAAUGUCCCGCUUUGCCCCAGAAGCACAAAUCUGCAACCGGUGCAUGUGUGUGCUUGGAAGAGCCUCGUCCUCCUGUUUCCCCUUUCUUGCUUCUCAGCAAGUUUGCAGCAGGCUUGUGGUGGACUCCUGCUUUUCAUGCUUUAAAUAAGCGGCACCUGUCAUCCAGUGCUCAGCAUGCAAAAUGCAGAGGGACUCAGCUGGUGUCUCCUGUGAACAGUUGUGCGGCUGGCCCGUCCUUCCUGGGUCGCAGGAAGCAGCUUCCCGCGUCGAAGCCCGGCACGUUCAUUUACAGGCCCUUCACUCUCCAUGUUUCUUCAGUCUUCUCUACCCCCGAGAAGGCGUGCCACCACUGUGCUGAGUUGGGUAGAGGUAUUUUGUUUCUUUUGUAAUAAAACGUUCCCAAAGCUAUUUGGACUUCCCUCGCCUGUGCUGUAAAUCUUGUCACUGAGUUGGAAAGGAGAGGGA